AUGUAUAAGUUGUACUUAGAUGCAUACGAGUCACAAAAUCAAGUAUCUUAUGAAACUUACAGAACCAUCUUUAAUACAGAGUUAAAUAUAUCAUUUGGCUAUCCCAGGACUGAUACCUGUAGUGUUUGUGAUGAAUUCAAAAUAAAAGCGAAGGCAUUGAGAGCUGAAGGAAAUAUUGUAGAACUGAAUCGGUUAACUAUUCUGAACAAUUUGCACAAGAAAAAGGCUCAAACAUUUUAUGAUCGUAAGAAAAAUGCAAGAAUCAAGAGCAAAACAGAUGUGGAAUUUCAAGCAAUUGCCAUGGAACACCAGAAGAAUGUGUCGUUGCCAAACAUCACCACAAGCAAUGUCUAUUACAAACGUCAAUUAUCAAUGUACUCUUUUAAUAUUCAUGCAUUGGGUGAUGCAAGCUCCUAUUUUUACACCUAUCCAGAAACCUGUGGACGUAAGGGUUCAGAUGAAGUGGUUUCAUUUCUGUUUCAAUAUUUAACAAACCACCUGGAUAGUCGUGUAAAGCAUUUAGAAAUAUUUUGUGAUUCAGCAGGUGGACAGAACAAGAACUACACAGUGAUAAGGUUUAUUAAUUUUGUUGUCCAUAAAAUGAAACUUUUAGAUUCUAUCAAAAUUACUUAUCCAAUAUGA